UGCCCUCAAAUCUUCUUAACAGACAGAGUACGGUCGGGUAUAAACAACAGCCUGAUGAAGGCAACUACUGAAACGAAGCUCGGAGUCAACAAAUCAGCGAAUUUGGAGAUGAAAUCAGUCGGAGUAAGGCACAAGAAUGGGGGCUCAUCAAAAAUCAAGCCUUCAGCCCAUCCGCGAGGUGGUCACCCUUCAAUUAAAGUAAUGCGACUUCAACUGAACUUCAGGUGAAGACAAAAUCAUCAACAGGUGAAAAGCGAAGCUCUUCUAGCGACAGCGAGACAAAGCAUGAUAUGGUAAAGGUCGGAUUGAUUUUAGCUGGACUGGUCUCGGCCUUCUUGGUUCAUCGCUUGUUCUUCUGA